UGUUUUUCCGCGAAUAUGCCAUCAGUGGUGUCUUCAUUGAUGUCCGAAAGGCAGCCCUAAAGGCAUUAAUAGACAUAACCAAAGCUGAAGUAAGAAAAGAUGAUUUGGAUUUUCUGCUCGAUUUGGUCGAAAACGAAUCCAUUCCUUCGAUUCGAUUAUAUAUUUUGAAACAAUUUGUCAAAAAUCCUCCGUUUGUUAAAAAUCAACAAAACAUUUUGAAUUCCGAAGAUCUGGUCGACCGGUUGUGGCUUCUGAUGAACUCCCAGUUAUCCUAUGAUUCAAAGAUUCGCUGCGCUGUCGUUGACUUCUACUACACUCUAUACGGAAGGGGACGACCCUCUUGUUUACCAAAACCUGAAUUUUCAGUGGUUUUGAAUCUUAAAGAGAAGAAAGUGAGUACAGCACUGAUCACCACCGAUGAGUUAGAGCCACAAGAUUCGUCGAUUGACAGAGAUAUGGAAGUCGAAGACACUAAAGAUCUAUCCAAAGAUACAGAAGACAUGGAUAUACUUCCAGUGGAGGAACGAUUCGAUCAAAUUGUA